AUGAAUAUCAAUUUCUUGGGAAAAUAUUUGAACAAGGCACUGAUCACCACCAUCUUGACCACAACAGUCAUCGUCAUGCUCCGCUUCAGCAACAUCAUCAAAUAUCCCAUUCAUGAGAGACUGACAUCAAGCAGAUGCCUGAAUUACUUGUUGGAUCAUUCUUUCCUGCAAUGGCACGAAGUCCUUCACGUGGAUCCUACCACUGUCAGCCUCAACGACGUCAUCAACUUUUCAAAACCGCCUCCAAAAUCUGAUCACGGAAGCAGCUAUAUUCUAACGUUGUCCAACUUCGAAAAGCCGGAAAAUGUCAGUCAAUUUCUAACGAAAUCAAACGUAUGCCCGGGUUAUUUGGAACACUUUCUUCCAACGCUCGAAGCAGAUGAAGUGAAGAAGAUGCAGAGGUUACUCAUGCUCUUUUCCAAAGUUGCCAAACUAUCAAGGACCAGUUACUUUGUAGCCUAUGGCUCUCUGCUCGGCUAUGCGAGGCACAAUAAGAUGAUGAUACCGUGGGACGAUGACGUCGACAUUAUGAUGAACUUCGAUGACAGGGAUCGUUUUGUGAGGGUUUUCGAAGAAGAACUCGCAAAAAUCUGGAACGACAAGCACAAUUACGAUCUGGCAGGUUACCUGAAGCCCUACGUCUUCCAUGACAGGGAUCGGUGGAAAAUAUGCUUCCAUCAGGACAUAUCGACGGAACUCCUCAAACAUUUCUCAUUUCCAUAUUUGGAUAUUUUCUUUUUCAAAACAAUAUCCGACGCAGCAAAAGUGACAAUAGCGUACAGUUCUGCGUUUGCUACAAACUUCAGUUUCAGAGAUGUUAUGCCACUGAAGCCAGAUUAUUUUCUAGGGGUCAGUCUCUUCGUGCCUCGGAAGAUUAAAGUAUUUUUCCAACAUUCCGAAGACAGAGAAUGUCGGUCAGGUAACUACAGGCAUCGAGAUGAAAGUUCUAAAGAUGAAAAAGCAAUAGGAUGUACACAUCUAAAGACGUUUUAUAAUCUCGCUGAAUUCUGA